AUGCAGGACCAUGGAGGAGACAGACAGGUCGCCAGCAGUCUGCCGCAUGGAGUCAAGGCGAGCCUGUCUCUGUCCCCCACCGGGGCGGGGCGGGUGGGCAGCUCCUCCCCUCCCUCUAAAGGGGGCUUCUGUGACAGGGUCCCGGUGGAGGACAUGCAGGCCCUGAGCCUCGCCUCUCUGUCCUCUGUGGACGUGGCCAAACAGUACGAGCACAUCCGAGAGCUGGGGAAGGGCACGUACGGCAAGGUGGACCUGGUGGCUCACCGCACACAAGGGUCUAAAAUUGCACUGAAAUUUGUGACGAAGAACAAAACCAAGUUGAAGAGCUUCCUGCGGGAGUACAGUGUGACGGGCUCGCUCGGCUCCAGUCCUUUCAUCAUCAAAGUGCUGGACGUGCUUUUUGAGACCGAGGACUGCUACGUAUUCGGGCAAGAAUAUGCUCCCGCUGGGGACCUUUUCGACAUCAUCCCCCCUCAGGUGGGCCUGCCGGAGGACAUGGUGAAGCGCUGCAUGCAGCAGCUGGGGCUGGCGCUGGACUUCAUGCACGGGAAAAGCCUGGUUCAUCGAGACGUGAAACCGGAGAACGUGCUGCUGUUCGACCGCGAGUGCCGCAGGAUAAAGCUGGCAGACUUCGGGAUGACGCGGCGCGUGGGCUGCAGAGUGAAGCGCGUGAGCGGGACCAUCCCGUACACGGCGCCUGAGGUGUGCCGUGCCAGCCGCAGCGAGGGGUUCUUAGUGACCACCAGUCUGGACGUGUGGGCGUUCGGCGUGCUGGUGUUCUGCAUGCUCACAGGUAACUUCCCCUGGGAGGCGGCUCUUCACACUGACGCCUUCUACGAGGAGUUCCGGCGCUGGCAGAAGGCCGGCUGUCCUCUGGGAACGUACCCGUCUCAGUGGCGCCGCUUCACAGAUGACGCUCUACGCAUGUUCCAAAGGCUGCUGUGUGCAGAGCCGGACAAACGCUGUGGAGUCAAAGACGUCUUCUGCUUCGUCAAGUACGAACUGGUGAGCGAGCUGCGGCGCAGGGCUUCGUGUCGAGCCAAGAGAGGGGAGCGCUCCAGCUCAGGGGUCUGCACCGGCAGCUGCACCGCCACCGCCACUUCCUCCACGUUACGGUCCUCACACAGACACCCUGAACCCUCCACUCCUCCAGGCUCCACAGGUCUGAGGCCCGCCCCUCUCAAACGCUCGGUCCUCUCUGAUCCUCUGUCUCCCAGAGAGGACAGUGGACCGCACCAGUCUCCAGGACGAGACAAGAACAAAAGCCAGAUGGUCAUGGCGACCGCCAUAGAGAUCUGUGUGUGA